UCCUCCCUUCUCCCCCUCUUUCCCUGUGAAGAUGGCGCUCUCCAGGGUGUGCUGGGCUCGGGCUGCUCUGUGGGGUUCGGCGGUCACCCCCGGACCUCAUGUCACCCGGAAGCUGCAACUUGUUCGCUGUGGCCUGGCCUGGGGGGCCCCUCGGUCUUCAAAGCUUCACCUUUCACCAAAGGCAGAUGUGAAGAGCUUGAUCUCUUAUGUGGUGGCCAAGACAAAAGUGAUUAAUGGGAAAUACCAUCGUUUCUUGGGUCGUCAUUUUCCCCGCUUCUAUGUCAUGUACACAAUCUUCAUGAAAGGAUUGCAGAUGUUAUGGGCUGAUGCCAAAAAGGCUAGAAGAAUAAAGACAAAUAUGUGGAAGCAUAACAUAGAGUUUCAUCAACUUCCAUACCGGGAGAUGGAGCAUUUGAGACAGUUCCGUCGAGACGUCACCAAGUGUCUUUUCCUGGGUAUUAUUUCCAUUCCACCCUUUGCCAACUACCUGGUCUUCUUGCUCAUGUACCUGUUUCCUAGGCAGCUCCUCAUCCAACAUUUCUGGACCCCAAAGCAACAGAUUGAUUUCUUAGAUAUCUAUCAUGCUCUCCGGAAGCGGUCCCACCCAGAAAUCCUUUGUUGUUUAGAAAAGGUUAUCCCUCUUGUUUCUGACGCAGGACUCCGGGGACAUAUGACAGAGCUGUGCACCAAGAUACAGCAUGGUACCCACCCAACAGUACAUGACAUCCUGGCUCUGAGAGAGUGUUUCUCUAACCAUCCUCUGGGCAUGAAGCAACUCCAUGCUUUGCAAAUGAAAGCCCUGAGUAGAGCCAUGCUUCUCACGCCUUACCUGCCUUCUUUCUUGUUGAGACACCGUUUAAAGACUCAUACCAUCGUAAUUCACCAGCUGGACAGAGCUUUGGCAAAGCUGGGGAUUGGCCAGCUGACUCCCCAGGAGGUGAAAUCGGCUUGCUAUCUUCGUGGCCUGAAUUCUACCCAUAUUGCUGAAGAGAGGUGUCGAGCUUGGCUGGGAGAGUGGCUACAGAUUUCCUGCAGCCUGAAAGAAGCUGAGCUGUCCCUCUUACUACACAACGUGGUCCUGCUUUCUGUCAACUACACUGGGACAGGGUGCUGAGUGAACCUGGAGCGGAUGGCCUUGUCCUGCAGUCACAGAGGACAGCCGCGUGGUACCAGACAGCACUGGUCGGCAGGGGGGCUGUGUGCGCCCUUAGGCAUGUGGAAGGCAGAGGAGUAGGUACUGCCGGCUUCCCCGCGUGGUGCCCGUGUGGGAGCUGGAACUGAAAGGAACCCUCUUCCCAGAGGGGGCCCGAGUGCGCCAUCAUCCCAACUUCCUCAGAAUCAGCCGGAGCUGCCAGUGGCCUCUGUCCUGGCCUUUCCUUGUGAGCUUUAAGUUCAGGUCCUAGGAAGUGAGCUCUUUCCUCAUUUGGCCGAGGGCUUGACCACUGCUGUAUUCCUUACAGCUGUGUUUUCGUUCCAGUUUCUGGCUGGCGAGGGCAAUGGCACUGUUGAAAUCGGCGCAUUUACAUCUAUGCGUGUACUUCUGUGCUGCCCUCAAUGCUUCUUGUGAUGACCAAAAAUAGCCUUUUUUUUUUUUGUCCCCUCACUGCACUGGGUUAACCACUCCCUUUCCUUUCCAAAUCCUUGAACACUUUUUUUCCCCCCAAGCAAAUAGUUAUUCAUAUAUGGGAACUAAUGGAAAAGAUAAAAGGAAAUGCAAGUGCUUCUUGCCCGUUCACCGCCCCCUUAUCUGUUUCUGGGCUGUGGGGCAGCCCCUAAGGAUCUUCAGCUCUGCUGCCUCCACUGUGCUGUAACAGACAGUGGCCCCUUCCGUGGGCCAUGAAUUAAACCUCGAAGGUUCUAGGCACUGCCCCGCUUUGGAGACCAGGAGAGGCCUGCUUUGUGAGCAAGUUGGGUUUAGCUUUUGUCUGUGUAACUUAUUGUAAAUGCAUGAAGCACUGUUUUAAAGCCAAGUAAAGACUGCCUGAAACCA